UGUUGUUAAACUGCUUGCUGCGUGUGAGGCUCACUGUGUUUUCUUUACUUCAAAUAACAGAUUAUUUAUCUUAUACGGAAAACCAGAACGUGAAGACGUGGCAUAUGAUCUAAUAUUCGAUCAUAAUUCAGUUCCGUGAGGAUGUCCGUCCACAUGUGACCUCCACUCUGCUUGUGUAACACCGUGUCAUAACAACAUUCCCUGCAGCCGCCGCUCCUUCGGCAGACCUGACGGAGGAGUUCCCUCUCCGCUGAUUUCAAAUUUUCAGCCGCAAGUUACUUCGACAUGCUUUCCAGCGUGAGACUGUGCAUGUCCCGACGCGUGGCCGCCCUGGUGCCCAGAUGUGUAACUUCCAGAUCGGGGGGAUUUGUGGCAGCAGCCACCGGCUGCAAGCAGCAGCAGCGGCGGGGCUUCAGCAGCGCGGAGCCUGCUGGUGUCAGGGUGCUGUAUGACGGACUUUGUCCCAUAUGUGUGACAGAGAUCCGCUUUCUCCAGUAUCUGCAAAAAAAACAACCUGGGAAGGUAGAUUUUAUCGACAUCUCUCUGCCUGGCUACGACGGAGCCAAAUACAGAGACGUCAGCUACGAGAUGGCCAUGGAGGAAAUGCACGUGAUCGAUGAAAAAGACGAGGUUCACCGAGGAGUGCCAGCCUUCGCCGUCAUGUACGGCGCGGUGGGACUCGGCUGGCUGGGCCGCUUCAUGAUGUGGGCGCCUGUCAGGCCACUCAUGGACAAAUCUUAUGCCAUAUUCGCCAAGAAUCGUCUGAAGUGGACCGGGCGUGGGGAGGAGUGCGCAACAGGACGCUGCGAAAGGAAAACUCCUUGACGAAGCAAAGAUGGCGAAGAUAAAGGAAACGGACUGUUUAACUAUGAUAGUUAAGCUUGCUUAACUGAUUUAUAAUGUGUGCUGCAAAAGUUUUUUUUUUUGCCAUAUAAAAGGUUUUGCAAAAUCAUCAUUUGCUGGUUCUUUAUUAACUAUUCUUCUUACAAAUUAAAGGUUAAAAAAACCUCCUUGGCCAUUUGAUCCCCAGAUUUCUCCUACUGUGUCCACCUUGAUGCUAGCUGGCGUCCACAGCAGAGGUCUGCGCCGCACUUUGAGAACCACGGCACACAUUUUGUUCAGAUGUUCAACCUUUCAUAGUAAAACGUUUAGUAAUUAGUUGAAUCGUGUGAUUUGUAUAAAGAUGAAGGUUUUAUGUUUGAAAGAUGAGCGCUGUUAAGUUCCACAGUGGAAGCGUGCGCUGCAGCUGCUCCCUUC